AUGUUGACGCCUCAGGCAGCGGAGGACCCUGACUCUGGGCCCUGCUGACCCGGGCAAGGCCCCAUUGUGAUGCGUGCCAUGACCUCAGAAUGCCCCUGGUGCUUAGCACCUAUCCGCUGUCCGGCCUGCCUCUGUGUUCUACGGCAGUUACACACAGGCAGUGGUGUUUGUGAGCAGCAGUUUUCUGGUUUUCUCCCUGAGGUUUUCUCCCUGAGAGGCAUACAUAACCCAGGCCAGCUGAUCAGAAUCAGGAUGAACGUGGUGGAGGAUGUGGAUAGUUGGCGGGCGCAGGAGCGAGAGGACAUCAUCAGGAAACAUGAACAGGGGCACCGAGCUGGGCUGCCAGAGGACAAGGGGCCUGUGCUUGUUGGAAUCUUCGAAAACAUUGAUCGCUUUGGGAUUGUGCAUGAGACGGAGCUGCCUCCUCUGACUGCGCGGGAGGCAAAGCGAAUUCGGCGGGAGACAAGGAGAAACAGCAAGUGGCUGGAGAUGCUGGGCAAAUGGGAGAUGUACAAGAACAGCGAAAAGCUCAUAGGUCGCACAUACAAGGGAUUCCCAGGAACAUCCGGGCCGGCAUGGUCAGUCCUCCUGAACGUUCAGGAAAUCAAAUCAAAAAACCCGGCAAAUACAAGGUACCUCAGCCAGAAAGGGCAGAGGUCAUCUGAACACAUCCAUCAGAUCGACCGGGAUGUUAGCAGGACUCCCCAGAAGCAUGUCUUCUUCAGGCGUCGAUAUGGAGCCAAGCAGCGGGAACUCUUCUACAUACUCCUGGCAUAUGCGGAGUAUAACCCGGAGGUGGGCUACUGCAGGAACCUGAGCCACAUCGCCGCCUUGUUCCUCCUGUAUCUGCCUGAGGAGGACGCAUUCUGGGCCCUGGUGCAGCUGCUGGCCAGUGAGAGGCACUCCCUGCAGGGAUUCCACAGCCCAAAUGGCGGGACAGUCCAGGGGCUCCAAGACCAUCAGGAGCAUGUGGUACCCACGUCACAACCCAAGACCAUGUGGCAUCUGGACCAGGACAUAGACGCUGGUCUAUGCGGGCAGCAUCUCUCGUUAGGCUGGCUUCUCCGGACGUUAAUGAAGAUCUCUCUCGGGCUGACCCUGCGCCUGUGGGACGUUUACCUGCUACAAGGAAAAGAAGCACUGAUGCACAUGACCAGCAUUGCAUUUGAGGUGCAGAAGAAGCGCCUCAAGGAGACCAGUUCCGGCCUGUGCGCAUGCAUCGCGAGCCAUUUCUGCCAUCACUGGGCCAGGGAUGAUGACACGGUGCUCAAGCACCUCAGGGCCUCUGUGAACAAACGAGGGAGGAAGCAAGCGGACCUGCCACCCCCAGCCAAAGCCGAGCAAGGGUCCUCGGCACCCAGGCCUGUGCCAGCUUCACGUGGUGGCAAGACCCUCUGCAAGGGGGACAGGCAGGCCCCUCCAGGCCCACCAGGCCAGUUCCAGCAGCCCAUUUGGUCAGCUUCCCUGCCAAGGGCACCUCGUUCUUCCACACCCCGUCCUGGUGGGGCUGUCUGGGAAGACACCUACCCUGUGGGCACUCAGUGUGUGCUCAGCCCGGCCCUGGCUCAGGGAGGACCUCAGGGUUCCUGGAGACUGCUGCGGUGGAACUCCAUGCCCUGUCUCCCGACGGACCUGGAUGUAGGGGACCCUUGGUUUCUCCAUUAUGAUUUCCAACAGAGCUGCAGGGUCCGUGCCAUAUCCCAGGAGGACCAGCUGGCCACCUGCCGGCAGGCUGAACACUCUGCCGACGGAGUGAGAUUGGCUUUCGCCGAACUGAACAACGUGGCCAUGGACUUCCGGGCCCUGCAGUGCACCCAGCACUGAUUCCGACCAGGACACCUCCUUCUCAGCGAGGGACGAGGAGCAGUGCACUCCCACCUCAGGGCCUUAUUAUUUAGUUAAUAGGAUUGUACUCAUGUUACAUUUCUCAAUUUUUUUUAAGAGAUAAACUCUCACUCUGUCACCCAGGCUGGAGUGCGGUGGUGCAAUCAUGGCU